AUGGCAGUGUACCCGGUGAGCCCGGUGACGGGGCCGGGCUCGGCCAAGUCGGUAUGGGAGCUGAGCCCCGAGCCGGACCUGGUUGGGCACCUGCUGCCGAGCGGGCCGCCGGCGUCGACGGCGCAGUCGGGCCAAGCGGCCCCGAAGAGCUGCGCGCGCGAGCGCGCCGCCCGCCCGGGCGGCCCCGACGACGACGUGUACGCCGAUGAGGCGGCGCUGGAGGCCGGCCAGGGGCCCAGCGACGAGGCCCGGCGCGUCUUCGAGCUGCUGCGGGCCGGGGACACGGCGGGCGCCGACCGCCUGGUGGAGGCGCACGGCGCGGCCAGCCUGAGCGCGCGCGACCAGUGGGGCUACACGCCGGCGCACUGGGCCGCGCUGGACGGCAACGCCGAGGUGAUGCGCUACCUGGUGGAGCGCGGCGGGCCCGUGGACCUGCCCUGCCUGGGCACGCAGGGUCCGCGGCCCAUCCACUGGGCCUGCCGGAAGGGCCACAGCGCGCUGGCGCAGCUGCUGCUGCGCAGCGGCGUGGCCGUGAACGCGGCCGACUUCAAGGGCCUGACGCCGCUGAUGACGGCCUGCAUGUUCGGCCGGCUGGCCACGGCGGCCUUCUUGCUGGGCUGCGGCGCGCGCGUCGGCCUGACGGACAUCAACGGCGACGCGGCGCUGCACUGGGCCGCCUACAAGGGCCACACCGAGCUGAUCCGGCUGCUGAUGGCCAGCGGCGCCGACCCGCAGAAGCCCGACCACUUCGGCUCGACGCCGCUGCACCUGGCCUGCCUGUCGGGCCACCUCGGCUGCGCGCGGCUGCUCUGCCAGAAGAGCAAGGUGGCGCUGGAGCCGCGCGACAAGAACGGCAAGAGCCCGCUGCAGCUGGCGCAGGGCCGGCGCCACGCGGAGGUGGUGCGCCUGCUGCAGGCGGAGGCGCGGCGGCGCGCGCGCUGGCUGCCGCCGGCGGCCGAGCUCUGGGCGCUGCUCUUCGGCGGCGCGGGCGCCAGCAAGGGCCCGCUGCUGCUGUUCCUGGCCUCGGUGCUGCUCUGGGGCUACCCCAUGUACCUGCUCAAGUGCCUGCCCAUCACCUGGAACCUGCUGCGCGGCAGCCACUACUGCUUCGUCUACUGGAACCUGCUGAUGUGGCUGUGCUGGCUGGUGGCCAACCGCAAGGACCCGGGCUACGUGCCGCGCAACAGCGAUGCCUACUACCGGGCCGUGCGCCAGAUCCCCUACUUGGACAAGUGGCGCCGGCGCAGCCUGCUGCUCUCGCGGCUCUGUCACAGCUGCAAGUGUUUCCGGCCGCUGCGCGCCAAGCACUGCCGGGUCUGCAACCGCUGCGUGGCCUACUUCGACCACCACUGCCCCUUCGUCUACAACUGCGUGGGCCUGCGCAACAGGAUGUGGUUCUUCCUCUUCGUCAUGUGCGUCGCCAUCAACUGCUCGUUCACGCUCUACUUUGCCUGCUACUGCAUAGCCAUCGAGGGCGUGCAGCUGCUCUACGUGCUCGGGCUGCUCGAGGCGCUGGUCUUCUGCGCCCUGGGCUGGAUACUGACCUGCACCUCGGUCCUGCACGCUUGCAUGAACCUCACCACCAACGAGAUGUUCAAUUACAAGAGGUACUCCUACCUGCGCGACAAAAGGGGAAAGUACUGGAACCCCUUUAGCCGAGGGCCUGUCUUGAACCUCAUCGAAUUCUUUCUCUGCCCUUCUGACCCCUACGCCAAUGAGCCUCAGCAUUAUCACAUUUUCCAAGACGAAGCCAUGUAACUCCACU